UUUGUUUGUGUGUGUGUGUGUGUGUCUGUGUGUGUGUUAGCUGCAUUGUGUGCAGACGUGGAGGAACGACUGGUUAAUCAUCUCCUCUCUCCCGAACGUUACAACAAACUCAUCCGGCCAGCUGUAAACAAAAGCCAGCAAGUUACCAUUGCAAUCCAGGUGUCCUUAGCACAGCUCAUCAGCGUAAAUGAGAGGGAACAGAUCAUGACCACGAACUGCUGGCUUACUCAGGUAUGGAAUGAUUACCGACUUAUGUGGGACCCAGAAGAAUAUGAGGGGAUUAAAAAGGUUCGUCUCCCCUCACAGCACAUAUGGCUGCCUGACAUUGUGCUGUACAACAAUGCCGAUGGGACAUAUGAAGUGUCUUUUUACUCCAACGCUGUUGUAUCCAGUAAUGGUGAGGUUGCCUGGUUACCACCAGCCAUCUACAAGAGUGCCUGUAAAAUUGAGGUGCGGGACUUUCCUUUUGACCAACAAAACUGUACACUCAAGUUCCGGUCCUGGACAUAUGACCACACAGAGAUCGACUUGAUCUUGUUGUCUGACUUUGCAAGCCGAGAUGACUUCAAACCAAGUGGCGAAUGGGACAUUGUGUCACUUCCCGGCCGAAAGAAUGAGGAUCCCAAUGACAUUACUUACCUAGACAUCACUUAUGACUUUAUCAUUAAACGCAAGCCACUUUUUUACACCAUCAACCUAAUUAUCCCAUGUGUGCUCAUCACGUCUCUAGCCAUACUGGUCUUCUAUUUGCCAUCAGACUGUGGAGAAAAGAUGACACUGUGCAUCUCUGUGCUGCUGGCACUCACUGUCUUCCUGCUCCUUAUAUCAAAGAUUGUGCCACCCACCUCACUUGCUGUGCCCCUGAUUGGGAAAUACCUGAUGUUUACCAUGGUCCUGGUGACCUUCUCCAUCGUAACGAGUGUCUGUGUGCUCAAUGUGCAUCACCGAUCCCCAAGCACACACACCAUGCCGCCAUGGGUCAAACACUUUUUCCUACAUCGAUUGCCAGCUUUCCUCUUCAUGCGCAGACCAGGUGCUGCAAACAUUCGUGAGCGAUUCCGCCAGAAACACCAGAUGAGAUCCUUCUCUGAUUUGCCAGUCAAAAGUGAAGACCCAUCUUCGGCGACUGAUUCCACGUUCUUUGUAAAUGAAGAUUCAGCAAAGCAUUUUGGCUGGAGAAUAAGUGAUGUACCAGACAACUCUGAGGUGCGGAAACGUUUGGCAGUUAAGUGUUCUGCUGACAUGGAGGAAGCCGUGGAGGGUGUCCGAUAUAUCGCAGACAAAAUGAAAAGUGAGGAUGAUGAUGAGGGGAUCAUAGAGGACUGGAAGUAUGUUGCUAUGGUCAUUGAUCGGCUCUUUCUGUGGAUCUUUGUGUUGGUUUGUGUUGCUGGGACAGUUGGCUUGUUCAUGCAGCCUCUCUUCAAGAGCUACAAUACUCCGACAGUAGAUGAUACGGAGUGA